AUGAAAAAUACAGGAAAUAAGUUAUUUUCCUCUCCGAACUCAGAAACAGCAGCAGCUCUGCUCUCAGGUCAGUAUCUGUUCAUCUUUAUACAUGUUUGUUUGUUUGUUUAUAGAAUAACAUAAAAUGGUUUAUAGGUAUCAUUGACUUUAAUGAGUUUGUUGUUGAUUCAUAUUCAACCUGUAUAAGAAUAUAACUUUAUUAUAUGAAUAUAACUUCUUAUUUUAAGUAUAAGAAGGAUGGGAACAAAUAGUACAAAGACCAAUAAUCUAAUCAGUCAAAUAUGAAAUGUCGGUACAUGGAGAAACUCAACAUUCUGGAAAUUUAAACACAAAAUAUUUUGGGAAAUGCAAAUAAAUCUGAGAAUUUUUUUCUACUCUUAAUUAUGAAAACAAACAAAAAUUAAGAUAACAAAUACAUUUCACAAACAAAAAUAUGAACAAAUAAUGUUUAAAAACAAAACAAUGUUUUGAAAACAAAAAUAAUUUGGAAACUCAAAUUUAAAAACACUUAAACAUUUGAGAAAACCAAAAUUACUAAAAAAUAAAAUAAAAAAAAAGACUUUGGGUUCAGGACUAUUUCCUUGCUGGCAUUAAAAUGAAGUCCUCCAGUAACAUGAAGGAAAAGAACUUUCAUGGUGAAGUUGGUGGUACCAGAAUUUCCAGUUUUUUAAAGGUUGUGGCAGAGCAGAUUGAAGGUUAACAGGAAGCUGACGAUAAACUACGACAGUCAACAGUUUGCUGUGCCUACCAAAAUAACAGUCAUAAAAAAACAGUCACAAAAGGCAACUGUUUAUGCUGUAUUGGCUGAGUGAGAUCGUGUUGGUUCGUUCCACUUCAGUGGGGCAACAUAAACUGUGAUUCAUUAAAAAGCUCUAUUGAUAGUAAGUACAAAAAAAAAAAAUAUCUACUCAUGUCAUCCUGUUGAUUUUUAGUAAUCAGUGUUUCGGUGUCGAACUAUUUCCCUUCUGCAGUGUAGUGAUACUUGCACACGCGCAAUCGAAUAUGCAGGGGGUGAAGCGAUUUUUGUCACGUGGACCAAUAGGAGCCGAGUCUCGUUGCCAUAGUAUCAGAAAUACACAAACAUGGCGACGAGCGCAUCUCGCAGCGAGACAAGCGAAGAGGAAGAAAAGAAAAGGAAAAAAAGAAAUCAGCCUUCAAAAGUGCAUAAAAAGGAGCAAAACGAUGUUACAUGCAUCUGUCAUCUGUCCAGAGUGAAGACGUUCUCGACUUUACAAGGACACGUCGGGAAACUUACAGAACUAGUAUUAGAAAGUGGCUUUCUCUACAGGGUGAGACAAAUGACUAGUUAGAAAUGUAUGACUCCGAUGAAAGUGAUAGUGAUGCGUUUCUGGCUGGUGACAAAAGUCGGACAGGUAGUCUGAGUAGAUAUUUUAACCCAAAGUCCAGAAGGGUAUUGUCUAUGCAAAAAUGCAUUGAACGAGUAGCACCAACGUAGUUGAACAAAAUUUACUUUCUAGGCACUUUUUCCUUUGUCCCAAUACAGCCUAUGACCUCGAGCGAAGUUUCUUUCGCAGAGUUUCAGAUGCCGUGGACAUGGAUGCAUUGGCGAUGCUGCGUUAAGGGUUUGACUGACCCGCGGCUGCAUCACGUUCUUGUUUCUCAAACCCCUUUUGCAAAUAAAUCGCUGGUAGCAUGUCAUGUGAAACCCAGUGUCAUCAGGAACAUUGUCAAAGUCGAUAUCAACUCAAAGUUUAUAAGUUUCUGCAAGGUCCUUUGUCUCACCCUGUAGAGAAAGACACUUUCUAAUACUAGUUCUGCAAGUUUCCCAACGUGUCCUUGUAAAGUCGAGAACGUCUUCACUCUGGACAGAUGACAGAUGCAUAUAGCAUCCUUUCGCUGCUAGAUGCGCUCGUCGCCAUGUUUGUGUAUUUCUGAUACUAUGGCAACGAGACUCAGCUCCUAUUGGUCCACGUGACAAAAAUCGCUUCACCCCCUGCAUAUUCGAUUGAGCGUGUGCAAGUAUCACUACACCGCAGAAGGGAAAUAGUUCGACACCGAAAUACUGAUGACUAAAAAUCAACAGUAUGGUAUGAGUAGAUAUUUUUUUUUAGUACUCACUAUCAAUAGAGCUAUUUAAUGAAUCACAGUUUAUGUUGCCCCACUGAAGUGGAACGAGAUUCACUUUCUAAGCACUUUUUCCUCUGUCCCAAUACAGCCUAGUUGAUACGAUCUUAUAACCUCCAUAUUUCUGUCCUCAAGCAGGUUCUGAGUCACUCAAACAUGGACCCACAUCUGAAUCCAGCACCAGAUCUCAACAUAAUCCUUCUUGGGAACAGUGGAGUGGGUAAGAGUGCAUCAGGAAACACCAUUCUGGGGCGGAGAGCGUUUACAUCAAAAUUAUCCUUUAGACCAGUGACAAAGGAAAUCACUGUAGAAGAAGGAACUCGGUUUGGGAAGAAGAUCUCAGUGAUUGACACUCCAGGAGUGUUGGGCUCUGAGGGUGAGAUUCGGACCUGGUGUCAGAACCUCCUCCAGACCUCCACACCUUGUUUGUUCCUGGUGGUGGUUGGAAUAGAUCGAUUCACUGAUGAGCAGAAGAACUCUGUGGAGGCAGCUCUGAGGGUGAUCGGGGAUCAAGAGUCUAACUCUUACCUGCUCUUCACAAAAGGGGAAAGGUUGGGUAGUGAGUCACUGGAUGAGUUCAUCAACGCAGAUCCAGAAGGUCCCCUCAGACCUUUUGCUGAAAGGUUUGCAGGGAGACUUCAUGUGUUCAACAAUGAGGACAGAGGACAAGAACAAGUGAAAGAGCUGCUGGAGAAAUCAGGCCACCUCAGAGACGGUAAGUUAUGACGCCAGACACAAGAUAGAAUAAGCAGAAAUAACUCUAACCCCUAACCCUCUUCUUCCUGAACCUUCUUCUCAUGUCUAAUCUAUGUUAAAAUGGGACCGGCCUCCUAUGAGAGGUACGUCCAUGGAGUUGUUGUCACCUUGACUGUUGACCUAGUCUCUCCCAGAGUCGUGAUGAUCCCCGUUCAAAGAUGAGCGGUUGGAGUUGUUGUUAUCAGGACUUCUCCUGAAGUCAUGAUGAUCCCCUCUCAUAGGUGUGUCUCUGGGGUUAGAGUUUCCUGGACUAGUUUCUUCAGUUGUUACCAUCCUAGUUCCUCAUGAAGACUCUUUGCAGUACUUCUCGUGGUAUACCCCAAGGAUUAGUCCUUGGAUCAUUAUUAUUUUUAUGUAUAUUGAUGAGUGUAGUGGCUAUUUGUCAACAACGAUAAAAUCAAAAGGCCACUGAGGGCACCGGGCAGCGAAUCUUACUCAGAAAGUGCGUGCAGGUAAUGAGUCCAUUGUCCAGCCAGAAAGUGGAUUUUUAGGCAGGUUUAUUUCAGCUCUGGAACAUUAGAGAAGAUGGUAAAUUGCUUGGUCUCAGGCCUACUGCUCUUUCAGGUAAAAAACCGUGUGCCCUCGCGGUGCAUACUGCCUGCCUGAGUGGCUGCAUCAACUAAGUAAAUUCACCUGUGUGCCCAAAUUGCCCAAGUCCUUCAAAAUAAAAGUGCGUAGCUGUGACCCAAAAUAACUGAAAUUAUAUGACUGAAACUGAAUCUAUUAAGCAAAGCAAAAUGAAAAAUAAGCAUUAAAUAAAUAAUACUAAAUAGCAAAAUUACUUAAUAGCUUCCACAAUGAGUUAUGUAGGGUUUCAAACAAACUAUUAUUGUUAUUACUAUUAUUACAGCUGAAGUUUGGGGACGGGGAUCAAAGUGACCAAAAUAAAACCACCAAAACUUUGUUGUUCCCCAAAAAGUGAGAAAGAGUCUUGGCUACCUUAGUGUUUCAUACGUUUUAAAAACAUGAUAAUUCACUCAUUCAUACCCAUCACAGUAUAAACUCAUGUGCCUGUUAAAUAUUAGAAUCAGAGUGUAUUAGGAACAGUAAAUGAAAUGUAAAAUGAAUUAUGUGCUUUUGGUCACUAAAUCCAUGUUCCUCAUGUCCUCUCAUUCUUCUCCCUUAGAUUCUCGCCCCAUAAGUGAGAGGAGAGUUGUUCUGCUGGGUUUACCUGGAAAAGGAAAGAGUGCUUCAGGAAACACCAUCCUGGGCUCAGAGAGGUUCAGAUCAGACUGUGACCCUGACCCCGUCACCACAAAGACUGAUUCUCGAUCAGCCAUAGUGGAGGGACGUCAAGUUACCGCGGUCGACACUCCUGGCUUCACAGAUAAAGUUCUGUCUCCCGAAAAGCUGUUCAAUGAGAUCAUAGAGUCAGUAAAAAAGGCUGAACCAGGUCCUGACGCCUUCCUCAUAGUCGUGGAGAUCGGAAGAGUCAUGCCAGUAGAGAUUGAAAUGCAUGAGUUUCUUCUCAAGAUGUUUGGUGAACAUGCUGAAAAGUACUUCAUGGUUUUGUUCACUCAUGGUGAUAAGCUGAGGGGUAGACCCAUUGAGACCUACAUCAAUGGUAAGAGAGAGCUGAAAGAUCUGGUCGACCGCUGUGGAGGCAGAUAUUGUGUCUUUGACAACACAAAGAUAGGAAACAGGGAGCAGGUCAGAAAACUCCUGGAUGAAAUCGAUGUCAUGGUAAAAACUAACGAACAGCGCUUCACCUCUGAGAUGCUGAAGAAGCCACCUACCUGGCUUGAAUCCUUAUGGGAGUGUUUUUUACAGCUGCUGGCUAAAAUAAAAAAGGCCUUAGGCUUUGGCAAAAAAGGAGGAGCUGAUGGGAACAGAGAGAGCGGGGGAGGAAAAUAUGAGAAGCUCAGGGAGGAUGACUGUGAGCUUAAGAAGGUUACAGUUGAUAAGACUGGGGUAGAGGAUAUUGGGAGUUCUGAAUGA